CCCAUCCUCGUAACCCCAAGGCCGACAUGUACGACGCGGAGCGGGGCCACGAUGACCCGUUCAACCGCGUCCACGUGUCCCCAUUCCCAUCAAGCGGACCGUGCGCCCCGCCGGUCUCCAUUUCCCCUCCGCCCCCAUAAUCGAAGGGUUGGUGGUGGUGGUGGGGAAACGCUUCUCGGUGACUCCACCACCCUCCAUCAUCAUUAUAUUAUAAUGGUAGGGCCAGGAAAAUAAAUAAAAAAUCGUUAAAAAAAAGGAAAAAAAAAAUAGAACACGGAGGAGCAGCCUCCGAAGGGAGGUUGAAGAAGGAGAAGGGGAAUCGGAGAGGAGAUAAAUUUAAUUUUGCCCCUUCUCUCUUCUCGCGGCGAUCUACGCGGCGGUGGUUGCCAUGGGGACGGAGGUGUUGCGGCCGCAGGAUUGCCUGGUGAGGCACUCCCCGGCGUUCCGAAGACCUAACCCUAACCCUAAUUGUAGCCCUAGAUCGAACCCUAACCCUAGCGCGAGAUCGUGGAGGAGGGCGGCGACUUACGGGGCUCGGAGAAGGUGGGAGGGCUCGGCGAAGCGCGGCGGCGCGGGGAGGCCGCAGCAGGUGGUGGCGGCGGGGCGGGUCGGGAUCCUGAAGCGCGGGGGGGACGACGCGGCGAAGAAGGCGGAGGAGGGGUGGGAGGCGGCGGUGUUCGUGGCGGNCGACGCGUACGCGGGGUCAGCGUUCGCGGCGUCGCCGUCGCCGAGGGCGCUGCCGCUGCCGCGGUUCCCGCGGCGGAGUGAGGCGGCGGCGGAGGAGGCCACGCGGGCUCUCAGGCGAUUGCUACGCCUCGAAUGAUCGAUGUCGGAGACGGUGAUGGUGAAGGGGAUUAGAUCGAACUCUUCUUUUUUCUCUCUCUUCUUCGGAUUUGAAGAUGGGAGAACGAAGAGAGAGAGAGAGAGAGAGAGAGAGAGAGAUUAGAGGUGGAAUUAUAACGCCAUUAUGUGAAUUUGUUGUAAAUUGCACUCAGAAUAUCAAAUUUCCUAUUAUCUUCUUCUUCUCCCCCAUAGAAACCAAGGAAAGCAUAGCAUCGGUAUCUAUAAGGCCAUGUUUAUUUGGUUAAUGUAGGAAUAGAUCGAAAGAAAAUCGGAAUAAUCUUGGUCUUC